UAUAUAUAGGAGCAGGGGGUAGCUGCUAUGAUGACAAAGCAAGCGAGCUAGAGCUAUGGCGUUCAACGACGACGAGCAAAGCGCUCCGGUGGCGAACAACAAUGGCGGGACGACGACCAGGCCGCCGGGAAUUACCGGCGUGCCGGUGGGGCAAGUGGAGCUGACCAAGUACCACAACGCCGAGGCGCCCCUCGACCCCAACGACCAGGAGGUGCUCCUCGAGCUCAAGGGCACCUCCUCCGCCACCUCCCGCGCCGCCCUGGACCUCAUCGCCGUCCUCGACGUCAGCACCAGCAUGGCCGGCAACAAGCUCGACAGGAUGAAGGCCGCCCUGCUCUUCGUCAUCCGCAAGCUCGCCGACGUGGACCGCCUCUCCAUCGUCACCUUCUCCAACGACGCCGCCCGCCUCUGCCCGCUCCGCUUCGUCGCCGGCGACGCCGCGCGGGCCGACCUUGGGGCCCUCGUCGACGGCCUCGCCGCCGACGGCAACACCAACAUCAGGGCGGGCCUCGAGAUCGGCCUCGCCGUCGCCGCCGGCCGCCGCCUCACCGCCGGCCGCGCGGUGAACGUCAUGCUCAUGUCCGACGGGCAGCAGAACCGGGGCGACGCGACGCGGCUGGACCCCGGCGGCGUGCCCGUCCACACCUUCGGCCUCGGCGCCGACCACGACCCCGCCGUGCUCCAGGCGAUCGCCGGGAAGAGCCGGGAGGGGAUGUUCCACUACGUCGCCGACGGCGUCAACCUCACCGCGCCCUUCUCGCAGCUCCUCGGCGGCCUCCUCACCAUCAUCGCGCAGGACCUGGAGCUGACGGUGACGCGGGUCGAUGGCGAGGCCGCCAUCAAGAAGGUGGACGCCGGCACGUACCCGCAGGCGGCCGCCGCCGACGGGUCGUCCGUGACCGUCCAGUUCGGGACGCUGUACAGCGCGGAGGUGCGCAGGGUGCUCGUCUACCUCGCGCUGGAGGACAGCACCGCCUUCCCGCCGUACGACGCGGAGGUGGUGGAGGCCCAGUUCAGGUACAGCCUCCAGGGCGCGACGGUGGCGUCCAACCCUGACCCGGUGAGCAUCCGCCGCAGCGGGAGCGCGCCGGAGCCGAGCGAGGAGGCGCCGGCGAGGAAGCCGGAGGUGGAGACGGAGAUGGCGCGGCGGCGGCACGCGGAGUCGAUCCGGGAGGCGCGGAGCAUGGCGGACGGGAAGGAGCUGGAGCGCGCGAGGACGAGGCUGGUGGAGGCGCAGAACGCGCUGGAGGACGUACUGGACCAGGCGAACCCGAUGGUGGACAUGCUCCGGGAGGAGCUCCUGCAGCUUCUGCGGCUGAUGGAGACGCAGGAGGCGUACGAGCGGGCGGGGCGGGCGUACGCCGUGUCGUCGCUAGCGUCCCACGACCGGCAGCGGUUCGCCGCCCGCGGCGACGCGGAGGGCGUGCGGCUCUUCGCGACGCCGCGGAUGGACGCGUACCUGGAGCAGGCGUGGCGGUUCGACGAGGACCCCGGCGGCGCGGCGCUGCCGUCGGCGGAGGAGGACGUGAGGCAGGAGGUCGCCGCCAACCCGCUGGCGCCCGUCGCCGGGCAGAUCGCGUUCUACGUCAGGUCGGCCAUCCAGGCGCUGCAGGCCAUCGACAAGAUCUUCGCCAGCGUCGCCGCCGCCACCUCCACCUCCACCUCCACCUCCACCUAGCUAGCUUAGCUUGCUCGUCUUCAUCUCGGAUAAUAAGCGCUAGCUACGUACGCGGCCAUGCCAUGCUUACGAGCAUGCAUUAUUGCAUCUGAUUGCAAAUGUGUGUAGCUCAUACUCGCGGUCUUAGGCUCUUGGCUACGUUAGUUGCGUCCUCUUCAUCCUAAUAUUAAUUUUCCAGUUGUAUCGGUUAAUUCUCUAGUUAAUUGAAUAAGAAUUCAUAUCGUAUUGUACCUUAAUCGCUACUA